GUGCUGCCUUGGGAGGCGGAGGACAACCAGACGAUGUUUAUGCUGCCAAGGCACAUGAGGCCGUUCGACUGCCAUACCUCGUCUCCAUCCGCCGAGCCGGCUCACACGAUCACGUGUGCAGUGGCAUUCUAAUAGGAGUCGCAUGGGUUCUGACAGUGGCUCACUGCGUGAACCCUUUGUCUCCAUAUGCAGCAGGCAAGAAGCCUCUGGUGCUUAUUGGAGCGAGGAGCGUCUCAGACACCGGCAUGGAGGUAGUCGUGGAGCAAUCAUUCAUCCACCCGCGUUGGACCCAAGAUGAACAGAGAUCGGCCUUCAAUCUGGCGCUGCUCAAAUUGCCUAAGGUGACUAAGCAGCCCAUUCCCAAGAUGCUGGUGGACCACUUCUCACUGAACACUGGCCAGAUGCUGUCUGCCGGGGGAUGGGGCGCCUCCAGCACCGGGCCGGUCCUGGGAGGCGAAAUUUUCUCGUCCCAGUCACUGGAGCCGCAGGAGUUUGUCGACUCGAGGCGCUGCAACGCGACGAUGUGGAAGAGCGAAAUGGAGGAUGGGCUCUUUUGUGGCCUGAACGCACAAAGAUCGGCAUCGUGCAUAGUCGACUCGGGGUCCCCUAUGCUGCUGAUGGACAUGCCCAAAUACGAGCUUCAUAAUGGCAAUCCGGAGCUCGACUUCUUGGUGGGCCUGAAUGUGGACGGGGCGCCCUGCGGCACGUUCGGCAAGCCGGACGUCUACGUCGACCUCCGGGAUCAUCAAGACUGGAUUGCUGCUCACAUUCACGGUGGCGCACAGCCUCGCAACGAGCUGUGA